AGUGUUUUUCCUGGUAUAUUAAGGAAUAACAAUUAUUGUGUUAUGCAAAAAAACAAAAACAAAUGCUUAAUCUUUAAACAUCAAGCUAUUGUGCAUAAUUAACGGACCAGAAACGUGAUUUACCAGCAAUCAACAUCCGGACCGGGAAUUUCAACCCAACCAUGACUUCAAUUUCUGAAUGAAAUUCCCAAAACAAGAUUUUGAACAAACAAAGAAGCAAGUAAACAAAUACAUAUCCGGUUGAAAUUUCAGCUCACUUUACGACAUUCACAAAUGUAACUCGACAAGAAGACAUCAAAGUUGCAGCGUCACUCAAAUAAUCUUAAUUUAUUCUUUUUUUCUAUUUGAAUUAUUGGGCCUGGCGUAAACUAGUUAUGUCAGACGUGCUGCGGUUCCUGUCAUUUGAGGUCUGAGAGCAGGUUUUGGAACAUCACUGGAGUCGGGAAAUCGAUCGUUAAAUCCAACGAUGCACAGGCAUCUAUAAGAGACAUUAACUUGUAUCUUGUCCUUGCUUCAGACACUCUCCGGAGAGCAUGACACAAGAUCUGUUCACGAGGUAGAAAACAGUUGGACAACUUUUAAAAGUGUCAGUAAAAUUGAUGCUUCACAUUCGAUCGCACUCUUGUGCAAAUAGAUUAAUAAUUGAAUCUCAAAUUUGAAAGAGAACCUCAAAGUUGGUAGGACCUUUGAAAUUUCUUUGCCAUGUGUCAAAUGUGCAAAGAAAUUGACCCGUCACGCUUUGACCCAUCCGCCUCACGGGAAAGCGAGCUGAAAUCACGAUACGCCCCUGAACGGCGAAACGGCAUAAUUUGAAUACAAUCAACCCUGAAAACUGAACCCUUUGUCAUGGAUAUUUUGUUUGCGACAGAUGCAACGGUGCGUAUUGUUUUAUCUCAUUGGACAUCAGUGAUCGGUACAGGUGUACGAUAUAAAGGGCAACCAGCGAGCCUGACCACAACUGGGUACAGCUGUGCGGGGUUCAGUUGUGAGUUACUGCGAACGGAAGAACUGCAUCGAACAAAAUCAGCUGGUUUGACGAAUCUCUGAAUGAUUAUUCUUCUGGACAUCAUGCCAGGCGAACCUUAACACAACGAUAAUCAGAGUUGGCAUGCGAGACAUAGAAGUACCAGUCACCAAGCAGUGAGGCUGCACAUAAUGUGUCACACUUCAACGAUGGCAGAGGAUACUCCACGGGAAAACGAUCCGAAGAACCGGGACCCCUGCAGGGGGCGUGGCUGUGGCCAGCUUAGGAUCACUCGAUGGGGGCGUGUGGUCGUCGUGGCAUCGUUCCUGACGUUCCUGCUCCACAAUGGUGUCUUGGGCACCUUUGGUGCGUUCAUACCGCUCCUCUUAAAGGAAUUCCAGCAGGGCUCUGGGCAGCUAGGAUGGGUGGUCAGCUCCGGGAUCGCUGUGGAGAAUUUUGCAGGACCGGUGGGAAACAUGGUCGCGAGGAGGAUCGGUUGUCGCCGAGCUGUCAUGCUUGGAGGCGCCCUUCUAGCUUGUGGGACUGCCACAGCAUCUUUAGCCACCUCUGUCUACCAUUUGUUUGUCUGCCUAGGGCUAAUAGCAGGUCUUGGUGGGUCGAUUAUCCACGUAGCGAUCGUGAUUGCGGUUGGGCAGUUCUACAGUAGGCAUUACACCGUGGCCAACGGUAUCGCGUAUGCAGGGCCUGGCGCUGGUGUUUUUGUCUUCCCACCACUUAUUGAAUACUUGAAUGAAACUUACGGCUGGAGGGGAAGCCUAGUCAUAGAAGCCGCCAUCGUGUCUAAUGUCAUGGUGAUGGGGGCGCUCUUCCGACCCGCUGCCUGGUUCAAAUCGCGCAGGUCAAGUGUCGUCAGAGAUGAUGAAGUAAGAAGACAGUUGGAUUAUGAGCCUCUUGCUACCGGCCAGAUGCAGAGUGGCAUUAGAGAUGGUAGCUAUGAGGACGAUGGGUCAUCUGAUAGUGGCAUCUCAGAGCUUUCUUUAGAAACUAAAGGUUCUAGGAGAAGCUCAACCAUCCAACCACCUGGGAGUGAGAGAGACUUCAGUUCCAAGUCUUCAACCAAGACAACCAAGACGUACCGUCGGAAAUCAAUACUUACCCAGACCAACACACCAGCCAUGCUUGCCAUGUGUGUGGCCUGUGUGUUCCACACCGCCGGCUACUCGGGAAUCUCCGUUCAUCUCGUUAACCAGGCUGUGUCAUCUGGUAUGACGAUCCAGCAAGCUUCACUGUUACUCUCCUGCAUUGGUAUCGGUAGUCUGGUAGGCAGGCUAUCCCACGGCUGGUUCCUGACUCGCAAGUACAUCACACCAUCGUGGAUGUACACCCUGUCAUUGUUGGUCUCAGUUGUUGCCACAGCAAUGCUUCCCCUAACAACCACUUUUGGAGGGAAGAUUGUCUUAGCUACAGCCGCUGGAUUUUGCAGCGGUGUUUACUUCUCGUUAGUUGCUGUCAUUCUACGAGAACUUGUUGGUAUUCUGUACCUCGGAGUUGCCUUCGGAGCGUCUCUGUUCUGUUCAGGCCUCGGGACAUUGCUAGGAGGUUACGUUAUUGGCGUUCUGAAGGACGUGACGGGAAGCUACUGCAUACCGUACUACCUGGUUAGUGUCUUCUUUGCCGUGGCUGCAAGCUUCUCUCUUCCACGGCCAGUCAUCCAGUGGUACCGUGCACGAAAUAAACGCCGCCAAGAACCCAGGCCAACUCCUGUGUGACAGCGUUCUAGAACACCUACCACAUGUAGAACGUUCCUUGUAUAGGGCUCGUUCAGCGACGGCCAUCUCUGUAGGAGAACUGCAACUGCGUAUUUUACGCAAUCAAGCACGCAUUGCGCAGUGUUGAAA